AUGCUCGAAGCGCUGCGCGUGUUCCUCGCCCUCGUGUGGUGGCGCAUCUGCCACUUCCUGGCGCACAACCUCCAUGUGCGCGGCCUCAAGCCUGCCAGCCAGUUCUUCCACAAGGUGGUGAUCAUCGGAGACGACUUCGCAGCGGGUGUCGGCGACUACAUCACCGUGGGCAGCGCUGGCGGAGGCAUCGCCCCGUACCUUAAAAAGAUCGUCCGCCACAAUUGGGCCAUCAUCAAUGCUGGAGUGCCUGGAUCCACGACGGCCGACUGGCUCCUGUCAUCGCCCAAGAAGUACUUCAACAACGUGUUUACCUCGAGAGCCAUGGCCGACGCAUCGAUCGUGAUCAUCAUCCUCGGAUCCGAUGAGAUCAGGUGA